AUGGAUGUAGGUGCAGAGGUGGACGUGCAGUUAGGACCACAGAAAUGGCAACGUGCUAAGAUUAUUGACCGCUAUGUAAAUCCCGUCGAUGCGUCUGGUGCUGUGAUUGUCGUCAGGUUUGAAGAUGGUAGCGUGGUUGAACGAGGUGUUUCUUCCGACGUGAAUGAGGAUGGACCCGACGUGCGAUUAAUCUCUCCUGGUCAGGGUCAGCACUUUGAUGUGGAUGAUCUCACGCAACUCAUUGAGCUAGAUGAGACGACAAUUUUAUCAGCACUUGACACACGCUUUACCAACAAUAAGAUCUACACAAACACCGGAGCCAUUUUACUAGCGGUAAAUCCAUUUCAAAAGAUUCCAAAUAUUUACAGCAAAGACACGAUGGCUAAGUAUCUACUGUCGUUUGAGUCAAGAAGCUCUACUAUGCAGAAUAGAGGCAACGACCGUAUGCCUCCACAUAUCUAUAAAGUGGCUGGAGAGGCAUAUAAAGCCAUGAUGCUUGGACUAAAUGGUGUUAUGAGUGAUCAGAGCAUUCUUGUGAGUGGAGAAAGUGGCAGUGGAAAAACAGAGAGCACGAAAUUUCUUAUGGAAUACUUAGCGCAAGCAGGAGUGACGCAUGUUGCAUCCACUGUAAUUAGUAAAACUCCACAAGGUAUUGCAGCUAAGGUCCUACAAACGAAUAUUCUGCUAGAAUCUUUUGGAAACGCGCGCACAUUACGCAACGACAAUUCAAGUCGAUUCGGCAAAUUCAUCAAGCUUCACUUUACCAGUGGUGGUCGACUUACAGGUGCCAGUAUUCAAACGUAUUUGCUUGAGAAAGUGCGGCUUGUUUCGCAGUCAAAAGGCGAACGAAAUUAUCAUAUUUUUUAUGAAAUGGCGGUUGGCGCAAAAGCUGAUGAUCGAAAGCGCUGGUUUCUGGACCCACCAAAGGGUCACUUGAUGCCUUCUGGAGACCACGGCGAUGUCUUAGAAGCCUCACGCCAAUUUUUGCAUUAUCGAUAUUUGAACCAAAGCGAAUGUUAUCAGCGAAAUGAUGGUGUUAAGGACCCUGAGAUGUUUCAGCGUGUCAUGGAAGCUAUGGAUAUUGUUGGCUUUACACUGACAGAACGUGCUGGGAUUUUUGACACAAUCGCAGCACUCAUGCACAUCGGAAAUUUGUCGUUUGAGCACGAUGAGAAUUGUGAUAGGGUAGGGCAGUCACCGGGACCUGGACAAGGCAAAUCAGACCUGGCACCGAGCUGCAUCUGGUCACGCGACGCAGCAGCCACACUGCUGGCUGUGGACGCGACAAAACUCGAGUUAGCUCUGAGUGUGCGACGAAUUCGUGCUGGUACCGACUUUGUGCGAAUGAAACUUUCUGCAGCUCAGGCUAACAACGCCCGCGACGCAUUGGCCAAAGCCCUGUACGGACGUUUGUUUAGUUGGAUGGUGACAAAGAUCAAUCAUUUUCUUCGAAUGGAUGACAGUGAAAAAGCUAAAGGUGGACUUCAUUUUAUUGGCAUUCUCGACAUUUUCGGGUUUGAAGUGUUUCCAAAAAACUCAUUUGAACAGCUUUGUAUAAAUUUUGCUAACGAGACUUUACAGCAACAGUUUAACGACUAUGUAUUUAAAGCUGAACAGCGCGAGUACGAAUCGCAGGGUGUUGACUGGAAAUACAUUGAGUUCUGCGAUAAUCAAGACUGCGUUAAUCUCAUCUCGCAGCGACCAACGGGUAUUCUUUCACUUAUUGACGAAGAAUGUGUCAUGCCGAAAGGAAGUGACACGACAUUGGCUUCCAAGCUUUACCGUGCGUGUGACAGCCAUCCUCGGUUUGAAGCUUCUCGUAUUCAACGUGCGAGUGGUUUAUUCACAAUUGUACACUACGCAGGUCACGUGGAAUAUUCGUCGGAUGGGUUCUUGGAAAAAAAUAAAGACGUUCUUCACCAAGAGGCAGUGGACAUGCUUGCCUAUUCCACACGAGAGGACAGCUUUACUCGCAUUUUGUGCGAAGGUAUAGGCGGCUCAAGGGAGCGCUUAAAGUCAUCUCCACGUCAACGUGCACAAACUAGCAAAAACCGAGGAGCAAGUGUCGGACUCCAGUUUAAAGAGCAGUUGACGACCUUACUGGAAACGCUGCACCGGACUAAUCCGCACUACGUUCGAUGUUUGAAGCCUAAUGAUGUCUGUAAGGCUGGGAUUUACGAGCGUGAUCGUGUGUUGAAUCAGUUGCGGUGCAAUGGUGUGAUGGAGGCUGUUCGGGUGGCUAGAGCAGGAUAUCCAAUUCGUCUACCGCUUGAUGUCUUUGUUGCCCGUUAUUUCAGUUUAAAAACGUCGACAGUUGCACGUCAACAGCAGAAAAGCUCAUUUGGCGUGCCUAAUCUCGACUUGAACGAUGACAUGGCAGUCAUUAGCAAGGAAGCCAAGGAGCUUCUGUACGGUCUGCUGGAAAUUAUCCCUAAAGAGAACGAUGCAAACCCUCAAGGCGCGUGUGAACGACCUGAUCAAGGUCAAUUCGCAACAAAAUGCAGCUCCGUGGGCAUUCAGAUGGGAUAUACGAAAAUUUUUAUGAAAAAACCGACCUAUGAGUUUCUCGAAAAUACGCGUACGCAGCGCUUACAUCGACACAUGGUUAAGAUCUUUCAUGCUGUCUUGUGUGUAACCGCCCGUGUGCGUUAUUUGCGCUACCUUCGUGCUAUCCAAGUACUUCAGCUUCGAUUUCGUUUCAAAAAGCUUCGAAAACUGCAUCGUCGGCGCCAGAUUCUAUUAAUUCGUAGAAAGAAUGCAGGCAAAGUGCAGGGAUUUGUGCGAACAGUGGUGCAGCGGAAAAAGUUUGUGCGCUUUCUUGCUGUUGUGCGAAUGCUGCAAUGUCGUUUCAGGUUUCGGCGAAAAUUGCAGGCAGAGGAAACUGCUCGAAAGAAAAAGCCUGGAGAUCUCAAGCAUCAGCAGCAACGAACGCAACCCAUUUCUAAGUAUACCGAAAGCUCCACGGCUUCUUCGAAUUCAUCAUCUUUGCGGUCCGUGACAUCGCACUCGAAUGAUAUUGAAGGUUCUGGAAUAUCAGACGUAUCGUCAAACUACUCGGACGAUGUAUUUACAUAUAACUCUGACUUUCCAAGGCAUAAUCUCAAUACUGUCGACGAACAGAGCAGUCAAUUGAUGCCUCGUGCGUCUCACCGCAUCUCAAUUCGAAAAUCUCAGUCGAUUAACUCAAUUACUCCUAUGGGCGGAUUCCGAGCAUCGCAGAUGCACAAUACCCAUGGUAGCCAAGGACAAAUGAUUCCAACUCCAAAAUCCAAGUCGCGGAUACCGUCCCGCAAGUCGUCAUUCCGAAACACACGAUCCUCUCGGGCAGUAGCUCUCCCCCGACUUGAUGUGAUUCAGCACACGUCAUGGGUGAACGAUGAAGACCGGUUUAGCUGUCAUAUUUGUAACAAGCGUUUUAAUAUGUUUAAACGCAAACAUCACUGUAGAGCAUGCGGUGAAGUCAUCUGCAAUAGCUGCUCGCUGUAUCAUCGUAUCCAGUCCCGAUCCCUGCGUGUUUGUGUGUCGUGCGUUGCGUUCCAUUCGCUUGACAGUCCCACAGCGGCUGGUUCGACAGGAUUUCUGCGCUCAGGUGGCGAUAGUCUUCAUUCAUUGAACUCGAGUCGAAAAACGUCCAAUGGCUCCGCUGCAGAUCGCAAUCGAAGUAGCACGCUCAGUAGCGGCGUGUGGCUAAAUCCAUGGCCUGAACCGCCGUACCCAGUGGACGAGGAUGAACGUUUGACUGUCUUACGAGAGCUCAAUAUCCGUGAGCUUGGUUCGUCGGGCAAAUUCAACAUGUAUUGUGAAGUUGCAGCCAAGACCAUGAAGUGCCCGAUCGCUUACGUGAGCAUCAUCGAAGACGAAGAACAGCAUCUGGUGGCCAACAUUGGCAUGGCCCAUACAACGUUGCCUCGUGAAUUAUCUUUCUGCGCACAUACAAUUUGUCAGCCAAGUGUGUUAGUGGUGCUGGAUACCAAGAACGACGAACGCUUUCGUGAGAACCCUAUGGUUAAAGGUGAAAAGGGAGCUGUUAAGAUUCGAUACUAUGCUGGAGCGACCAUAUUUUCGCGUGACGGCCACGCACUCGGAACGGUAGCCGUACUGGACACAAAGCCUAGACGAGAAGCAGAUCAAGAACACAUUGGCAUGUUGCAGCACCUAAGCUUUCUGGCGAGCGAAAAGAUGACGCAAAGCACCAUUCAAGAAGAUAGUGAUAGCGAAUUUCUAUAA